GCGGAAGCCAUGUCCAUUCCAAGACGGAGAAAAUGUGAAGGAUUUAUCUUGUGGGCGUUUCAUAUCGUUAAUGUCUGUGUCUGAGCAUGGUAUUUUACGUCAAACCACCCCGUGGGAAAGUACCGCUAGAAACACUACGCUCGUAUUGCUUGGCCCGAGUUCGAUUUCUGUGCCGACUGUCGAAGUGCGCCACUGAAGUCGAGUUUCAGAAAUUAUGUCAACAACAGUGCUUGGUAAAAGAUUCGGAGUGCUUGAUUGAGGGUUCCAAGCAAGACUCGAUAACACAUUUCACUCUGAGAUUGAUCAGUGCUGGAGAUACUGGGUUGUCUAAUUUUGUGAUCAAGGAAGAAACCAAGCUUUUUAAAUUCCGAUUUAAUCAAAUGAAAGAAGAAGAGAUUGUUGAAUUGUUAUACUCACUUGAGAUGGCUUUGCUAACAUUUCAAGAAAAUGAUGCAUCCAAGACUUAUCAGCUUGACCACCUGAAAGAAGUUGCUGAUCUUGUUCUGAAAAUUAAAAACAAAAUGUCAUGGACUGAGGUUGUCAGACUUUUUAAAAAUGAAGAAGCUGGUACUUUUUUUACAGCACCUUUCCAAUACGCUUUGCAGUCCGUCGCUUCAAGAGACGUUACCCUUUUCCAAGGAUUUGCACAUGUACCUUAUAGCAAACUCAGUGAAGUCACAGUCUCUUUGUUUCAGAAACUUUUAAAGAGUGGUACCGAUGUUGCACAGAGACUACUACCAACUGCUUUAAUGACUGACGAUCGGAUAGGAGAACUCUUUCAAGAUGUGAGGCAGCUGUACAGACGACUUUUGAAACAAGAUUCUGACUUUCACAAUAAUGGUUCAGAGCUUGGGUUGGCAGGACAGUGCUCUAAUGUUGACGGUUUGGUAGAAAUGUUUCCUAUGUGCAUGUCACAUCUACAUUAUAAAUUGCGACAAAACCACAGACUUCGGCAUCAUUCUAGGGUGCAGUACACACUGUUCUUGAAGGAAGUUGGAAUGUCAGUUGAGGGUGCUCUUAAAUUUUGGAGAUCAGAGUACUCUCAGCCGCAUGGUUGUCAUGGUGAUGGUUGUACACAUAGCUGGGCAAAAGAUGGCAAACGUUAUGCUUAUAGCAUCAGACAUCUCUAUGGUUUGGAAGGUGGACGUACAAAUUAUACAGCCCACUCCUGUCAAGCAAUUCAGAGUCAUCUGCUCGGUCCAGGAGAGGAAGGCGGGUGCCCAUUCAAACACUUUGAUACUUAUCACUUGCAAGGAAAAAUAGAGGGAAUUCCUGACGACACUCAGGACGAUAUUGUGAGACUGGUCACGAAGAGCGAGUACAACCGAGCAUGUCAUGAAUAUCUAAAAUACAGGGUUACUAGCAUUCUGAAGCCAGAUGAUGGCGCCCUCAUUGGGCCGAGUGGGAAUAGAUGUCAGAGAUGUUCAGGAUUUAUUACUGCCACAGAAGACAAGAUGAGAGAAGAUGCUUCUCACAUCAAAGAGAGAUCUGAUUUUAGAGAUGCGAUCAAGAAGCAGAAAAAUGAUGAAUUUAUGAUAAAUGGUGAUGAUGGCAGGACUAGCAGGUUACAAACCAAAUUGUUUUGUGGAGUCAAGAGGAAAAUGGAAAAAAAUGAUGUGGAAACUGCAAGAAGUACUGCACGUGUUAAAUUUGUAUAUUGUAAGUGCAGUAGAGAGACUGUUGCUAAGCAACCAACUCAUCUUGUUACAAAAUACUGGGAAGCUGGAAAUGAAUCAAAUUUGCAAACAAACGCUGAUAUAACUGAGAACAUCAUCAAUGUGCUUACAUGUGAUAAAUCAACCAAGUUGGAGUCUGUUGUCACUGAUGCUAUUGCUAUGACAACUUGUGAAGAAUUCUGGGAUGAUUCAGAGUGCAAUAGCCAGUUGCCAGAGAGUCAAAGGGAUCAAGAUGAGCUCAGCGAAGUGAAAAAGAAGAUGGAAACAAUUACCAUCACAAAACCAAUUGAUUAUUAUUACAAUUUCACGGCUCUCACCAAAACAUAAUUAUUUUACCUUUCUCAUAAGUUAUCUUGUUCCUAGUAACGAGGUUAGAGGGUGCAAAUUUCAAGGAAAAAAAUACUGACACUCUUUUUCAUCAAU